AUGGCUGUACAAUUAGAGAACCAAAAGCCCCACGUAAUUUUCAUCGCCUACCCUCUCCAAGGCCACGUCAUCCCCUCCGUCCAUCUGGCCAUCGACCUCGCCGCACGUGGCUUCACCGUCACCUUCAUCAACACCCACGCCAUCCACCAACAAACUUGCAGUGGCCAUUCCUCCGCCGGAGAUGAUUUGUUCUCCGCCGUACGGAAGUCGGGAUUGGACAUACGGUACAGAACCGUGUCGGACGGGUUGCCGGUUGGAUUCGACCGGUCUUUGAACCACGACCAGUUUAUGGCGUCGCUUUUGCAUGUGUUUUCGGCUCACGUAGAGGAGGCGGUGGAGGGAAUUGUAAAAACGGAGGCGGUGAGUUGUUUGAUAGCGGAUACGUUCUUUGUGUGGCCGUCGAAAGUGGCCAAGAAAUUUGGUCUGCUUUAUGUUUCGUUCUGGACAGAACCGGCUUUGGUUUUUACGCUGUAUUAUCACUUGAAUCUUCUACGUAUAAACCGCCAUUUUGCUUGUCAAGAUAUCCGAGAGGACGCCAUAGAUUACAUACCGGGGGUACCCACAAUCGAUCCAAAAGAUAUGAUGUCCUAUUUACAAGAAACCGAUACGACAUCGGUUUGUCACCAAAUCAUAUUCGCAGCAUUUCAAGACGUUAGAAAAGCAGAUUUCGUGUUAUGUAACACCAUACAAGACCUCGAAAACGACACCAUUUCCGCUCUCCAAGCCCAAACCCAAUUCUACGCCAUCGGACCCCUUUUCCCACCUGGGUUCACCAAAAGCUCCGUCCCCACCAGCCUAUGGCCCGAGUCCGACUGCACCCACUGGCUCAACUCCAAACCCCACACCUCAGUCCUCUACGUCUCAUUCGGAAGUUACGCCCACGUCACCAAAUCCGAAAUCACCGAAAUAGCCCAUGGGCUCUCACUAAGUGGAGUCCAUUUCAUUUGGGUGCUCCGACCCGAUAUUGUAAGCUCAAACGACACCGACCCAUUGCCCGUUGGAUUCAGAACGGAGGUUGCUGACCGUUCGAUGAUCGUGCCAUGGUGUCAUCAAAAGCAAGUGCUGGCUCACCCGGCAAUCGGAGGGUUCUUAACGCACUGUGGAUGGAAUUCGAUUUUGGAAAGUAUUUGGUGUGCUGUACCGUUGUUGUGUUUUCCUUUGCUUACGGAUCAGUUCACGAAUCGGAAAUUAGUGGUGGAGGAUUGGAAGGUUGGGAUUAAUUUGAAAGAUGGACGGCAGAUGAUUACGAAGGAAAAAGUUUCGGAGAAGAUUAAGCGUCUGAUGGAUGGAAAAUCGGGGUGUCAACAAUAUAAAGAUGCGGUUAGAGAAUUGAGGAAGAAAUUGGAAGAUGCUGUGAAACCCAAUGGACCUUCGGACAAAGCUAUGAACCAAUUUAUUAAGGAUCUUAAUGUUGCUAUCUCAAGUAAAUCUGAAGGGUCCAACACAAUAAGCAAUAGGUUCUAGAUUCACAAAAAGUUCAAUUAUGUUCAUAAAUGUUUCCAUUUUUUUCCUUUUUGGCUUUUGUUUGAGUAGAAAAUUAUUCAAAAUAAAAUUUUGAAUGAAAAUUGAAACUUCAAACAACGGUAGAAAUUUUCAACUCUCUAGCUUCUUAUAUAUCUCAAUUUUAGUUUAACAUUCUACCGUUUUCUAAUUCAAAUGAUAGUUUUGUUAUAUAUAUAAUGAUGUAAUACUAUAAUUUUGAAAUUUUGAAUA